GCAGACAGUCAUAGACUAGCUGUACUGACACUAAAAGAUUCACAUUUGAUUUUUCUUUAUUUCUAUAUUUUUAUAGCUUUUUAAAAAAUCUUUUAUCAUGGAAACAACUCUUCAAGUAUGUAAAAUUUGCUGUGAAGAAUGCUGCAUAAUGCUGCAGAAAUGCUGCACAAACUCCCUUCAUGGAUGCCAGAAGAUCUGCAAAGGACUAUUGCAGACAUGUCAAUGCUUUAGGGAGACUUGCCUGUGCGGAUGCAACCGGGAGUGUCUGUCAUCAUGGUGCCCCAAGUUCUCUGACUUCACGCCAGUUCAUGAGCUUUCGGUAUUGGAUCGUCUGGAUGAGGAUUUCGAAGACAAAAAGCCGGCUACACCUAAGCUUAAAGAGGACAGUAAGAUUAGGGAGGUGCUGAGCAGCUUUGUUGCCUUCUUCUUUGGCCUCUUGCUCACAUCUCUCUAUGGCUUUACUGUUCUAUUACUACUGAACUAUAACCUGUAUUUUUGCAUAGUGACAACCCUAAUAAUAGGAUUCUUUCUAUCACUGGGAAUGGCUUUCUACCCCACUAUACGGGUUACUGUGCUGCUUAUGUUGCCACACUUAUUGUCAGCUCGUGGCAAAUAUUUGAUCAUGGCAUUUGCAAUUAGCUUGUGCUUGAAAGGACCAGUAGCGAAUACAGCAGAUAAUCUCCUGAGAGUAACGGGUUUUGUACGCUGUGGAGUGGAAGUGGCCAUAAACAAGACAGAAGAUACUGUUUUGGCCCUCACAAAGCCUUUGUUGAGGUUUGCAGAUUCGAUUAAGAAGCUUGCGAAAGGUUUCAAAAAGGUUGGUGAUAAGGCAAAUGAAUUCUUGGACGCCUUGUCUUUUGAAAUGAAGCACAUAGGUCGAACCUUACACCGAGCCUGGGACAACUUGUACAACCUCCAAGAAAUUUGCGAUGAAUUUACAGGGGCUCCAGACAAGAAAUGCUUUAAGAUAUUUAAAACUGGUAAAGACAAAUGUCUCAAUGCAAUGGGGAAAGCAGGCUUCCUGUGCAACACUGUGGAUGCUGUCAGCUUAAUUUGUCACGUGCCUGGCACUCCGUGCCUCGUACCUGCCAUCAUCCAGCGCUUUGCCAGGAGCUACAAGUCUAAACCGGUCCAGUGGAUGAUAAAGAAUUUCAAGGAACAGUUUGCUUUCAACAUCACAAUGAACAAAGAUUUUGAUAUCAACUUCAACUCCAGUAAAAGCCUGUUUCAGGCUGCACUGGAUGUUAAAAAAGAGAUAGAGAAUCUAGUGGCCCCCUACAGAGAGAUGAUCAGCAUGUUUACCUACUUUGUAUUUUUCAUGAUCUUAUAUAUCUAUAUCAAGGCAUUAUGGUAUCGCACACAUUAUUUAUUUGAUGAUAAUUUUGACAAUAUUUAUAUAACAAGGAAUUUUGUGGAGUUAGAUGUGAUGAGGGGCAGGAGAGGUGCCAAAACCCUUUUGCCUCUAACUUACAAGGAAAGUAAGACAUUUGUCCGGCCAGCUUCAUUGGCUCUUACCAAGAAGGAGAAGGUAGGACGUGGACCUGAUAUGGUUAAUAUCUUCAGAAUCCUACUAUUUGCCUGCUGUUUCAUGUGUAUGGAUUACUCUGUCUAUUGGAUACUGGCAGUGGCAAAUUACGUUCUGAAAGGAGAUUUACUAGUAAAAGUUUCUGAUGCUCCCAAUGUGAGAGUAAAUGGGAAUAGUUUCUUCCGUGAGACGAUUCAUUCCAUGGUUGAUUCUUAUAAUACCCUGUAUCCAGACAAAGUAAAAUCUGUAUCCCAAAACUGUCUGGCUAUUCCUUUGGAGCCCAACUACUCAGAGUACCGCUUGAUUGCAAUAGUACUUGCACUAGCCUUCUUUGUCUGUACAUUCGGAGCUUAUAUUGAAAGACUGAAGCACUCUAUAUGUGCUUACUACUAUCCAUUCCGCGAACAGCAAAGAAUCUGUUUCUUAUACAAUACUCUGAUGUCCAAGCGUAUGAGCAAGGGAGACAUUUUGCUCAAUUUAGUCAGGCGAACAGGCGACGAGGGACAUACAAAUUUAAUCGAUAUAUUGGCAUCAAAAUUUCCUUGGAUGUCUAAAUUCCAAGAAGCCAAAAAAGCAGAGUGCUGUGUAGCCUGUGCCAAGAUCUGCAGUGACUAUAACAGUUUUGAAUUCAGACCAUGCCUCACCAGUGGGUGCAAAGGUCUGUACUGCAGAGACUGUACUGACAUGCUGUGCAACACUUGUAUGAUCUGUAUGAUGCCGUUCAUAUAUGAAGAUAAUAUAGAUGUGGAGAUGGACUCCAGUGAUGAAGAAGAGGUUCUUAUAUGGAUGCACAUACGGAAAAAUACUGAUAAGACGCACACACUAAAGAGGAGUACGUUGAAAAAACGUAUAGAGUAUACUGCAAGUGAUGUAAAGACCCGUGCAAAGAGAGGCAGUAUUAAAUAUCAGCAAUUGCUUGAAAAGAUGAAGGACUUGAAAGAAGAUUGCGAGACUUCAGAGUCUGACACUGAGAGCACUAGGAGCAGUGAUUCAGAAGAGACAGACUUUGAAUAUCAGGACAGAUCUGAAGCAAGUGACAGCUCUGAUGAGGAAAAUCCUUAAAAUAACUCGGAUUCUCGUGGAAAGAUUGAUUUUGCCACACUAAAAGACUUAAAAAAAAGAAAAAGUAACAAGGACUUUCAACAAUAAGUCAAGUAAAAGAACUGUGAUUUGAAAGGACUUAUUUGGAUGUAUAAAAAACUUGUGGUCACAUGGAAGGAGAGUGGUGUGUGGGAGGGUAAGGAGGGGGGCCCAGUUAUAUAAAAAAGUCCAACUGGGCCCAUAUGCUACACACCUGAACUGUAAAAAUGCAGAGGACAACAGAUCUGCUACAAUGCCACUGUCACCGUACUACACUGAGUUCCUGCAGACUGGUCUAGAACAGGAAACAUGCAUUUGCAGGAAAAGGUGGAAUUCUAAAAUUCAGUCAGAUCUGUGAAGACAAUAAGCACAAGAAAAAAAAGAAAAAGCACACAAAAUUAUUUUCUGGAGUAAAAAGAUACCUCCAACCUGUUUAUUAAAAAUGUGCAAAGAUAUCUUCUUUUUUUUUUUUGUCUUUUUUCCCUGGUUUAUAUAGUGUUGCAGAGUAUACCUUAAUACUGAUAGACUCAAAAAAGACAGACAUGUUUAUCAAGUUUAUAAUGAAAAGAAUCAUUUGUGAUGUAAAAUCCCAAU